AUGGUGGGAAACACACCUAGUCAGGGAAGUCAAUUAGUAGAGACGCAAGAAUCAGAAAUCGAUCUCUUCAGAAAGCUCAAUUUCUAUCCGUUCAGUACAGAUGUUGAAUUUGCAAAAGGGCUCUCCAUCAUCCUCGGUCAUCCCAACAUCCCGGCAACCGAAGCUGAGAUCGAUUGCGAAGAUGACCUAGUACUACAAGCAAAAUGCUUCUAUUUUUCGCGCAAAGAGCAGCUAUCGCCGCCGCUCGAUUUCAAAAAAUACAAGACCUGGCUGAGCUCGACUCCGACAGCAGAGCCCUCACCUGACGCUGAAAUUCGCAAUCAUGAUUCUCAAAGAGCAAGCGCAUCAGAGACCGCAGUACCGCCUGGCGUAGUUCCUAUGAAUCAGCAAUCGCCCUCGAUUCAAGAGCCCGCUUACCCAUCAUCCUUCGCUCGGAUUGUCGAACUCAUAACGACUGGUCAGCAAAUACCCGGCAUUCAGCAAAUACCUGACACAGUUUUGACGGGCCAUGAUACUCCAAGUGAGAAACCGAGACGACGGAAACCUUGGGAAGUAGAGGAUGAAUCUGCACGAGGGUCAGAGUCACCGGAUGAGAAUUGA